AAUCGUUCGCAUCGCGUUUCGGGUCUCGGGUGGUGUGUUUGUUUGGCGAAAGAAAAUUGUGAGGAAGAACAAAAUUUUAUUUUUGCAAGUUUUACCCGGAAAAAAAUGGAAACAAUUUUCGAAAUUCAACGCCGGCUGCAUGAGGAGUGCGACCGGCUGGUGAUGGCCAUGUCCGAGGAGCUCCAGACCCCGAAGAAAACGACCAAGGACAAAGUGCUGGCCGAUCACCGGAUCAAGAUCUACCUGGAGCGGUACCAAAGUUGCAGCAAGUCGCUGCUGGAGCUGUAUCAGGAUAAGGACGGGGAGCGCAAGCAGGAAAUUACGAAUAUGAGUGUGAAUGAGUUCAAGGAGUUUUACAGUCAGUUCAAUUCGCUGGUGGAGUUCCAUCAGAAUCAUGGGAAUAAUGUGGCCGUUCCGGCGUCGAUUGAGUUUUCCAAGCUGCGGGAGCAGUUGAACGAUCCGGCUUAUCUGGCGGAGGUGGUCAAGUUUAGCGAUGUGGAGAAUUAUGGGCAGUAUCUGGAUCUGCACGAGUGCUUCGAUAACUAUAUCAAUCUGAAGGGGGUGGACAAAAUCGAUUACAUUACGUAUCUGUCGGAGUUUAACAAGUUCUCGGACGUUCCGCGGAAGCAGAAGAAUCUUAAGUACAAAAAGUAUCUGGAACUGCUGCACGACUAUCUGUUUGGGUUCAUAACGCGGAGUCGGCCGUUGUUCUUCGAGCUGGAACAUACGGUGAAGCGGAACGAGCUACAGUUUGAGGAUCUGUGGAAGAAUGGAGAAGCCCCUGGGUGGGAGCGCGGGAAGGAUGUGGAGGAGGAUGCGCUGAUUAAUUUGAACGAGUUCGGAAAGUGGGAGGAUUUGACCUACUUGGGGCUGGACCGGUUAAAAUCGGCUCUUCAGGCCAUGGGAAUGAAGUGUGGUGGAACACUGGAGGAGCGCGCCCAGCGUCUGUUCGCCUGCAAGGAGGACAAGAACAAGGAGAACGAGCACAAACGGCUGAUGUACAACCAGAAGGACAAAGACAUUGCCCUGUUGGAGUACAAAAUCACCAAACUGGCCGAACUGGUCGAUGAUCAGAUCUACGAGACCAAGAUCAACCUCCAGCGUAAGCAGGCUCGCUACACCCUGGAAGAAAGCGACGAGGACAGCAUGGAGGAGGAGGAAUCCGACGAUGACGAUGGCAUCCCGUACAAUCCGAAAAAUCUCCCGCUCGGAUACGAUGGAAAGCCCAUUCCGUACUGGUUGUACAAGCUCCAUCAGCUCCACUUCACGUACGAGUGCGAAAUCUGCGGCAACUACAAGUACAACGGUCCAAAGGCGUUCCAGAACCACUUCUCGGAGUGGCGACAUGCCCACGGAAUGCGCUGUCUGGGCAUCCCGAACACGGCUCACUUUGCCAACAUUACCAAGAUCGAGGACGCGCUGAUGCUGUGGGAUAAGGUCAAGGAGCAGACCUUCUCCAAGAUGUGGGUCCCGGCCAACGAGGAGGAGUUUGAAGAUUCGCGGGGAAAUAUCCUCAGCAAGAAGGUCUAUCUGGAUCUGCAAAAGCAGGGUUUGCUGUAAGAUCGAUUAGGAACUUAGACGUGUGUGCAUUUCUCUAACAAUAACAAUGGUGUGGCGCCAACAUUACUAGGAUAUUCUAA